AUGUUGCAGCAGCGUUGCGGUCAGAUGAAUCGUUACAUGUUAGGCCACGCAACGGCAGCUAUCCAGAUGACACGUGGUGGCCGCGAAGGUAUCAACGCGCUGCUUGACAGCAGUCACUCGCAGUGCCUCUCAAAUCAGCUUCACAUUUUCAUCAGACGCAACGUCCCAUUCGAAAUACUGGCUUUUCUCGUGAAAACUGGUUGGGCCGAUUUCGCGGAUAAAGUAUACAAAGCAGUACGUUAUGGGCAUCGUCUGCUGGCAGCUUAUAUGAUAAAGGCUUAUUCAUCCUACAACUUCAACGAUUUGCAUUCGGAAACAUUAACGAAUAACACACAGCCACUUAAGGUAAAACCAUGCCACAGCGUAUUGGUCACUUAUAAUCAUAAUCUGCUAACUGCGGUGAAAUUGCUGAAUGCGGCGUUAACUUUUUAG